UAACUCCAGAACAGUUUGAGUCUUGAAAUUCGAGCAAUGUUUGAGAGUUUUAGCUCCUGAUUAUAAAAAUGAUUCACAAACACUUUCCAGACUCCCUGGUGCAACUUUUGGUUCUGACUUGACCAGUACGGAUUUGCAAAGAGGAAGGGACGCUGGAUUAGCAACAUACGUAGAUAUGGUGAAAAUGUGUUCCAAAGGAAGAAUCAGAUUACUGGAUUUUUGGGAUUUGCACCGUUUUAAGCUAAUGAGCGAACGAAAUAUUCUUGCACUUGAAGAUAUGUAUGAAGACGUCCGUGAUGUUGAUUUGAUCAGUGGAAUUUACAGAGAGUUGCCGGUUGUAAAUGGUGAAGUGGGUCCCACUGCUGCUUGCAUCGUUGCCACUCAAUUCCAUCGACUCAAAUUUGGUGACAGUUUCUUCGUUACGCACAGAAAUGGAAGAUAUCCUCUCACUCCAG